AUUGGUAUUCUCGAAGCAUUUACGCUUGUAGAUGUCGUAACCGUAUUUCGCCACAUUCCCUUUGCGUCUUUUAGUCUGGAAUUUCGUAGUUAAGAAUAAUCUCGAGUUUCUCAAAGCGGUCCUGUUUGGUUCAGCUUUGCCACGACUAAGUAAUGAAUUGUCAAGUGAGGCUGUAUCAUGGACGGAGUUCUCUAUAAAUGGACCAACUAUAUCAGCGGUUGGCAGCCUCGCUGGUUUGUGCUGGAUGGAGGCACUCUUUCCUACUAUGACUCACAAGAAGAUGCUUGGAAAGGAUGCAAGGGCAGCAUCAAAAUCUCUGUGUGUGAAAUACAAGUUCAUCCAUCGGAUUUCACAAGGCUUGAUCUGAUCAUUCCAGGAGAACAGUACUUUUAUCUCAGGGCUAUAAAUGCAGCAGAGAGGCAGAAAUGGCUUGUGGCAUUAGGGAGUGCAAAAGCCUGUCUCACAGACAACAGAACAAAGAGAGAGAAAGAGUUUCAGGAAAACACUGAGGCUCUGAAAACAAAAAUGUCUGAGUUGAGGCUUUACUGUGACCUUCUACUCCAGCAAGUGAACAACAUUAAAGACAGUCCUCUACCGGCUGAUUCCGGUGAGGUAGGUGAGGAGAGCGGAAGUCUGGUGAAGUCCACAUGCACCACCUUCUUGAAAACCCUGGAGGAGUGCAUGCAGAUCGCCAGCCAAACCUUUAAUCCAGACCUCCUUAGUCAAACCCCACCAGGCUCUCCACCAGUGGCUACCGUCAAACCUCAAAAGAUCAAAAUGAUCCAAAACGACUCAAAAAAUCACCACCCAGGAGAAAAGCUCAAGGACUCAGUAAGCAUCUCAGGUAGUACAUCAGCACACGAAAAUUCAAAGAGUGGACCAGAAAUACCUCCAUCUCCACUACAGAACAUACCACCACCUCUUACAGGAAGCAGUUUAGUGGAGGAACACCAAGUGGAGCCUCACAAUGGUCCUUUAUCUAGCACACAUGACCCUGAAGAAGAGCAAGAGAAGCACAGACCGACAGAAGCGAACCAUGCAGACGAAAAACAACAGGAAGUCUCAUCAAGCCCCAAACAGAACAAAGAACAAAAGGUCAAUGAAGAAAUCCAGGCGGACCUGGAAGUCAAUGCGUCUCAGUUUGAGAGUGAACAGGAAGAUGAGGAUAAGGUGGACACGUUCUUCAGUACCAUGAGCCACAGAUUUAGUGAUAUAAUACUGGAAGACGGCAGUGGUAUUCCCACAAAGGCAUUUUUGGAUUCUUGCUAUGCUAUAGUACCAGUUUUAGACAAGCUUGGACCAACUGUCUUUGCACCGGUUAAAUUAGAUUUUGUGGGAAACAUUAAGAAAAUCCAGCAGAAGGUGGUGUCAGACCCAGACAGCUUUACCACCCUGCAGAGCAUUGUGGUACACGAGGUGGAGACGGAGCUGGCACAGGUGCGCAAUUCGGCCACUGAAGCGCUGCUGUGGCUUAAACGUGGACUCAAGUUCCUCAAAGAGUUCCUCUUUGAGCUCAAUGCGGGGGUGAAGGACGUCCAAGGAGCUCUUAAUAAUGCGUAUGGAAGAACACUAAGGCAAUAUCAUGGAUGGGUUGUGAGAGGUGUCUUUGCACUGGCUCUACGGGCCGCUCCAUCCUAUGAGGGCUUCAUGGCUGCUCUGGUGUCCCAUGAAGGCGAUGAGCUGAAAGAGGGCUUUACAACAGGCAUGCAUCGAGACCUGGACAUCUACCUGCCGGCUAUGGAGAAACAACUGUCCAUCCUGGAUGCUCUCUAUGAAGAGUACGGCCUGGAAUCAGAUGAGGUUGUGUGACUAACACAGACACAGUGAAUAGGGCUUGAUGCUGACUGUGUUUUAAUGAUAACAUUUCACAAUUUGUGGAAGUUUGUGUUUUACAAGGCAGGAACGUUUUGGUGGGGGCUUGCUAAACUGACCAACAGGAGUGUGUUGGGUGAAGUGCCAUUGGCAGACUCUGACUAAAACACUAGUUCUCGGCAAACUCAAAUAGUGUGUCAAACAUAUAAUGCUAUUAUGAGUGUUAUUCCUUGAUGUGUUUUCAGGGAGCAGCUUUGAAAGCAGCGAUCAAGUGUUCUUGAGAUUGGUUGUAUGUUUUGUAUUUAUAUAAAUAGAUAUGAAAGUACAAGUGGCAGAAAUGCUAACAAUAACAUGUUGGAAUUUUAAUGUAUGGUUACCUGGCAGUGAAGUCACAGUGUUACAGUAUCAGUAGUAUGCAUACUAAAAGUGAAAGAGUGCACUUUUAUUUUUCUUUUGACUUGACGUUUUUAUUUUAUUUACAAUAUAUUGCAUUACUUUUGUUUUCGCAUCUCGUUUACCUAAACUAGCACAAAGAAAGGGAAAGUUAUUCAGAUAAACGCGUGUCAUAACGUCAUGAUUUACCAUAAAGACAUAAUGGCUCAUAUCCAGGACUUAUUUAAAGAUUGGUAAGAGGGGCCAAAGUAGAGGGUAUUUUUCUCACCACAUACUGUUGGAACAAGGAAAGAUGUCAUGGCAUUUCCUCAGUGACUUUAUUUAUUGACUUAUUUAUAUGAUUACGAAUUUUAACAUUGAUUUUAUUGUAAAAAAAUCACGCUAUGCUUACUCUUAAAUCAUAUGAUACUAAUUUGUGCAUGCAGCAUUGCAUGUUUUUUGUGUGUAUUUCUUAAUUAAUCCGGAUUUACUAUGUGAUUAACAAUGAGGAUUAUUAAUCUGUACACAUUUCAGAUUCAAGUUCAAGUUCUGAUUCACAUUGGGGCCAGUUUCCUGGACAGGGCCAAAGUCUAGUUCAGGACUAAAAUGCUUGAUUGAGCUAUCUUAACUGAAAACAUCUUGUACAGUAUCAGUGCCAUUGUUUGCAUAAGCCUGUCUAAACCCUGUCCGGGAAACUGACCCAUAGGGAUGGCCUAGUCUCAGACUAAAAAAUGCAUGUUUAAGCUGCCUUCAUUUCAAAACAUCUUGACAUAUUUUAAAGCGAUACUCCUGCCAAAUAUCAAAAUUACCACAUGGUGUAUUUACCAUCAAGCAAUCCAAAAUACAUAUGUUCAUCAUCUUUCAGACGAACACAUUAUUAUUAUUAUUAUUAUUAUUAUUAUUAUUAUUAUUAGUUAUUCUAGUAAAUGUCCUUGCUUUUCCAAGCUUAUAAUGGGGUUUACAUCCUUAGUAAUCCACAUGGCUCCAAAUGGUUAAUAAAGGUCUUUUGCAGGUAAUCGAUGGGAUAUUGUAAGAAAAAAUCCAUAUUUUAAACUUUAUAAACUGUAAUUUUUAGCUUUCGGGUAACAACGCCAUCUUGGACGAGAGUCACUGUGCAACGUUUAUAAAGUUUUAAAUCUUUAAAUAUUUUUCUUACAAAAUCACAUCAAUUACCAGAAGACCUUUAUUAAUUCCUUGGAGUCGUGUGGAUUACCUCUGAAGGAUGAUAGCAGUUUUUGGGGGUUUAAAGGGGUCAUAUUAUGAGAUUUUUUUUAAGAUGUAAAAUAAAUCUUUGGUGUCCCCAUAGUGCGUAUGUGAAGUUUUAGCUCAAAAUACCAUAUAGAUAAUUCAUUAUAGCAUGUUAAAAUUGCCACUUUGUAGGUGUAAGUAAAAAUGUACAGUUUUUGGGUGUGUCCUUUAAAAUGCAAAUGAGCUGAUGAAAUGCAAACACUGAUCACAAUGAUGGUGGAUUUUUUUUCCUCUCUCUUUCUCUCUGGACUAAAUGGCAGUGCUGUGGUUGGAUAGUGCAGAUUAAGGGGCAGUAUUAUUGUAAUUGGCCUUGCUACCUACCUCACAAAACAGGCAAAAUCUGAACGACCUAAUUUUUCACAUGCUUCCCAAGAAUGACUUACUAAAACUAAGUUACUGGUUUGAUCUUUUUCACGUUUUCUGGGUUAAUAGAAGCACCGGGACCCAAUUAUAGCACUUAAACAUGGAAAAAGUUGUUCCCUGAUCCCUGUUUUCUGCCAUUAUAAAGCUUGGAAGUGUCGGGACAUUUACUAAAAUAACUCAAAAUGUGUUCAUCUAAAAGAUGAUGGACAUGUGUCUUGAAUUGCUUAAGGUUGAGUAAAUCAUGGGGUAAUUUUGAUAUUUGGUUGGAGUAUACAUUUUAACAUAUAUCAGUGCCCCUGUUUUGUCUCAAGAUGCACACCAUUUUUCUUUGUAAGAAUGUCCUAAUAUCUUAAAAGGCAUAGUCCUGGAUUAAUCUAAACCAGGGGUGGGCAUUCCUGGUCCUGGAGGGCCACUGUCCUGCAAAGUUUAGCUCCAACCCUAAUCAAACACGUCUGAAAAUCCCCCAUCAAAGGCUUCAGUAAGAUUUGGAAAUGACAUUCAGGUGUGUUUGAUUAGGGUUGGAGCUAAACUUUGCAGGACAGUGGCCCUCCAGGACCAGGAAUGCCCACCCUGUCAGGGGGUUUUAACCUAAAUCCUGAGGAACCAGCAUAAAUUUACCAGUAUCUUUAAAAAAAUACCCUUGUAAUAUUUUUCUUAUAAAAAUGUGUGCACUAUUUAAACUCCAGAUAUGGUUGAACUGAAAUAAAAACAUUUGAUCCACUAUGUACUUUAGGAAACACAUUAAAUCUUUAGAUACGACAAUAAGAU